CUGGAGUGCGCGGGGCGCUGCGUGGCGCGCGAGCUGCAGUGCGACGGGCGCGACCACUGCCGGGACGGCGGCGGCGCCGGCGCCGGCUCCGACGAGGACCCCGACCUGUGCGCGUCGUACGAGCGGUCGCUGGGGGCGGGCGAGCUGGCAACAGCGCGCGGCGCAUGCGCGCGCGGCGAGUGGCAGUGCGGCAACGGCGCAUGCGUGGCGCGCGCCGCGCUGUGCGACGGCGCCGACGACUGCGGCGACUACACGGACGAGAGCCACUGCAACGUGGACGAGUGCUCAUUCGUGAACGGCGAGUGCGCCCACAACUGCACGGAGCUGGCGGUGGGCCGCGCCUGCUGGUGCCGCGCCGGCUGGCGGCUGGCGCCCGACGCGCGCGCCUGCGCGGACGUCGACGAGUGCGCCGAGGACGAGCCCUGCGACCACGUCUGCAGGAACACUGUCGGCAGCUUCGAGUGCUCGUGCGGCGCCGGGUACAAGCUCAUGGAGGACGGAGUCUCCUGCACGCCCGACUCGCCGGUGCGCGGCAGCCUGAUCUUCACGAACCGGUACUACAUCCGGCGCGCCGCGCUGGGCGCCGGCGCCGGCCCGGCCGCCGGCGAGCUGCUGGUGCACGAGCUCAGCAACGCGGUGGCGCUGGACAUGCAGUGGGCGGAGCGCUGCCUGUACUGGAGCGACGUGACGCGGCUGGGCUCCGCCAUCCGCCGCGCCUGCGGGGGCGCGAGCGCGCCGCACCAGCUACUGCACGGCGCCACGCUGCAGAACCCCGACGGGCUGGCUGUGGACUGGGUGGCCGGCAACCUGUACUGGUGCGACAAGGGCACCGACACCAUCGAGGUGUCCCGCACCGACGGCCGCCACCGGCGCGUGGUACUGCGCGGCCAGCUGAGCGAGCCGCGCGCCCUGGCGCUGCUGCCGGCGCGCGGCUGGCUGUACUGGUCGGACUGGGGCGCGGCGCCGCACAUCGGCCGCGCCGGCAUGGACGGCUCGGGCCGGCGGGUGCUGCUGAGCGCGGGGCUGUACUGGCCCAACGCGCUCACGCUGAGCCCCGCCUCCGAGGAGCUGUACUUCGCGGACGCGCGCCAGGACUACAUCGCCGUCGCCGACCUGGACGGCCGCAACGUGCGCGUGCUGUUCUCGCGAGAGCGCAUGCCGUGGCUGAGACUGCACCACGUGUUCGCGCUGGCGGUGUGGGACGGGCGCGUGUACUGGUCGGACUGGGAGACGCGCUCCAUCGAGUCGUGCCGACGUCGGCCGCGGGCGGCCGGGGCGGUGGCGGCCGGGGCGGCCGGGGCGGCGGCCGCCAACAGCUCGGGCGGCGCGUACGACUGCCGGGCGCUGGUGCAGACGGUGCACAAGCCCAUGGACCUGCGCGUGUACCACCCCGCGCGCCAGCCGCCCGCGCCAGGUCACUGCCACUCGCGACGCUUCCUACUGCAAUGCCUACGUUGCCUCUAGCUUAUGUUGAUCCAUUAUUACCCUGGGUGACUUGUUACUCCACGUAUUUCUUAUUUAUUUAUUUAUAAUUCA